AGCACGUGUAGUUUUUGUUUACGUUUUUCCACCGAUGAAGUUUAUUCCGUGCUAUUUUCCCUGAAAUUCCAUCAAAAUGUUUGUUACGGACGUGAACGACAUAAAAAUCUACAAUCUAAGCGCUGGCAAAUCGCUGCCAGAAUGGCUGACCGAUCGCCGAAAACGUUCACAGCUGAAAAAGAAAAUCGACUCCCGGCGCCAAAUUGAAUUGAUCCAGGAUUUUGAUAUGCCUGGGGUCUCGACUUCAAUACGAAUGUCACCGGAUCAGCAAUACAUCCUGGCAACGGGCACGUACAAACCGCGAGUCAAGUGCUUUGAGGUUGUGAAUUUAUCGAUAAAGUUCGAAAGAUGUUUUGAUUCGGAGAUUACGUGCUUCGAGGUUUUGAGUGACGAUUACAGCAAGCUGGUUUUCCUGCAAUGCGAUCGAUAUGUAGAGUUUCAUGCAGCUCACGGGAGGCAUUACAGAUUGCGCAUUCCCCGUUUUGGACGGGAUAUGAAGUACCACAAGCCUACAUGCGAUCUAUUUAUUGUGGGAACCUCAAGUGAUAUAUAUCGCCUCAACCUUGAACGGGGUCAAUUUCUUCAACCUUACCAAUCAGAGGGAAGUUGUCUUAAUACUUGUGAAAUAAACCCCGAACAUAAUUUACUGCUGGUCGGUACAGAAGAAGGUACAGUUGAAGCCUGGGAUCCUCGUGAACGUCGAAAGUGUUCGACAUUAGAUGUGGCAAUGAAAUUUCCGAAUUAUAAACAGUUUCCAUCGAUCACUUCCUUAAAAUUCAAAAAUGGUCUUCAAAUGGGUGUCGGAACCGCUGACGGUCACGUACUACUCUAUGACAUACGAUCCCGCGAACCAUUAUUUAUCAAAGACCAUUUGAACCGAGAAGCCGUGAAGAAAAUUGAAUUCAAUGCAAGCAUGAAUGCAGUGUGCUCCCUUGAUUCAGCUAUGUUAAAAAUUUGGGAUGAAAAUUCGGGCAAGCAAAUGGCAUACAUUGAAUCACAGUCGAAAUUCAAUGAUUUCUGUACGAUACCAAACACUGGGAUGUUCUUCUUUGCACAGGAAGAUGUUAAGAUGUUGACGUAUUAUAUUCCAUCAUUAGGUCCAGCACCCAAGUGGUGUUCGUUCUUGGAUAACUUGGCUGAAGAGAUAGAAUCGGAGGCGGUUGAACACAUCUACGAUGACUAUCAAUUUGUUACGAAGAAGGAAUUAGAGGAGUUGAACCUGGACAAUCUAAUAGGCACCAACUUACUGCGAGCAUACAUGCAUGGUUAUUUCAUCGAUGUUCGCCUAUACAAUAAAGCCAAAGCCGCCGCCGAACCAUUUGCUUUUGAAAAAUAUCGCAAGGAGAAGAUUCGUCAACAAAUCGAAGCGCAACGCCCCAGUCGGUUACAACUCAAUUCCGAUCUUCCAAAGGUCAAUCAAGAGCUGGCCCUUAAAAUCAUCAGUGAACAAGAUUCAUCUAAAAAACCGAAGAAUGCGCCCAACCUCUUGGAAGACAGUCGUUUCAAGACCAUGUUUGAAAAUCCUGACUUUGCUAUUGAUAAAAAUGCUGCUGAAUUCAAAAUGCUUGCUCCUGUGCUGAAACGACUGGAUAAAUCGAAACUGAAGGAAGUCAAACGACGCAUCGAAGUUGAUCGGGUCAAACAACUCCACGCAGAAGAAGACCAGCAACCAGAGAGUUCAGAUGACGAUGAUUUGUUCCACGAUGGCAAUACGAGCGAAAAGUCGGAUGAAAGUGAUGAGCCAAGUUCCGAUGAUGAAGAUGUACGUGAAUUUGCGAGAGAGAUGAAGAAAACAUACAAACAAGUUAAGAGGGACCGCGAAGAUCGUGACAGGGAAGAAGAGGAGCUAGAGCGCGAGAAGGAGGAGAAUGGGACAUCAUCAACUAAAAUGAUAGAACUGGAUCAUUUGCGUGAAUUGAAGAUGGGUGGGUUGAGGAAGAAAUCUAGUAAGGUCAGUCUUAAGGAUAGAGUUGAAAAAGAACUGGCCUCGGAACAGUUUGUUGCUGACAAAGGUAGUUACGGGAAUCGAAGUAUGACUUUCGAUACGAAGCCGCUUACAAAGGAUAUGAAGAAACGUGAAUAUGAAAUGAAAAAGCAUAGAGAGGAGAGGAAGCAGCUGUUGAGACCGGUUUCGAGUUUGCCCUUGAAGAAGCUUAGGAUUAAGUAAAAUAGUAGUCAGUUCGUUGUGUAUGUUUUUAUUUCACAGAAAUAAA